CUUUCAGCAACUCACAUGAAGCUCAAAUCAGCAUUGCUAGAAGAAACAUAUCUCAGACCAGACCACCACUAACUGUUAUUAUGGAUCUAAAACAACGCCUUAAGAAGCUGGAGUGCCACUUCACCUGGGAUCUGGAGUACAGUACAAAUGAACUCCAGGAUUUACUGAGCAACCUGAAUGAUGUGGACCGGGAAACAUGCACUUGGCCGGUUCACUAUUACAACCUGCUGGCCUACAUCCAUCAGGCUCUUGGCUCCAGCACAGAGGCGUGGAUAAACCUGGACAAAGCAGAAAGUGUGAUCCAGGAGCAGGGAAGAGAAGAGGCUGGAGUCCGGCUGCAGGUCAACAAAGCUAACCUGGCUUGGGUCUACUUCCAUUUGGGAGAGAUGGAGAAGAGCAAAGAAUAUCUAGAAGAGGUGGAGAGGCUUCAGCGAAUGCAUCCUGCUCCACCUGGAUGCACUUUACACCCUGAAGUCAGUGGAGAAAAGGGCUGGACGCUGGUAAAGCUUGACUUGUCAAAGAAGUGUCAGGCGAUUGAUUACUUUAAAAUGGCUUUAAAAGCACAACCAGAUAGGAAGGAAUGGCACAAAGGUCUUGCCAUGGUGAUGAACAAGGAUUGUGUACAGUCUAAAUUCACUCCAGAACAGAUUGUAGAGCAACUGAAAAUCACACAUGAGAAAGACCCAAAUAGUUUGCUCCUUCAUGCUCAAUAUUUACUAGAACUAUGCGAUCAGAAAAAGGUGUCACCAGAAAACAUUGAAAGGGAGAUGCAAGAUUUACUAGAAAGAAAUCUUGAAACUGGAAACCUGGAGGGUUUGCCUAUUAUUCUCAAGUAUUAUAGAAAAGAGAUUUCUUUUGAUAAAGCUAUUCAAAUAGCAGAGACAGUUAAAGAAAUGUUCCCCUCUUCAGUUAAAGCAUUGAAUCUUUUGGCAGAAUGCUACAAAUCGAAGGUUUACAACAUGGAAGACAGUGAGGAAAAGGAAAUUUUUGCUAGGAAAGCCAUUGAGCUCUUUGAGAAGGUUGUCAGACGUAACCCUCACUCAUACAAAGUAAAGAUGUCCCUUGCAUCAAUGCACAGAUAUGCACACAACAGGAAGAGAGCAGAUGGGAUUUACCAGCAGCUCCUGUCAGAGAUAAAUUAUCUUUCUCCUGAUAGGCAACAGUAUAUUUACUACAAUUAUGCCUAUCAUCUACAUUACUGUGGACAGUCCGAAGAAUCAAUCAAAUAUCACAUGAAAGUAGCAAAAAUCCAAAGUGAUUCAGUUCACAAACAGAAGAGCAUAAAGAUCCUUCAAAAAACUGUGAGAAAAGGUAGAAGCCCUCAGUGAGGAAAU